AUGCCUUCGGAAACAAUAUGGUCCAGUAAUCAUGGGUCACCCAAUCGCUCCCACCUGCUGUUAUCAUUGCCACAAGAAUCAUUAUCGUACAAGCUGACACUUGAUGUUGAACCUUCGGUAGCUAAAUUCAUGCUGGAUGAUCCUUUUGGACAGCUUUCUCUCAAUGAUUCUUCGGAUAUUGACGAUGCCCUUCUUGGCUUAAAGAAAGGGUCUUUACUGGCUAUUACCGCACCUGUUGCUCCUCUGACUGCGCAGUAUGGACUGAGACUUCAGUUCGGCACCGCUCUGAUUCUGGGUGGCAUUGCCCUGCGUCAUCCUCCAAAGGACUCUUUUCUUCAAAAGUUUUCUCUGGUUGCUGAUACCACCAGAGAUAUUGAACUCAAUGGUGGCUUGGGACCCCUUUCGAUUGAUCAGGGUCUGCGCAGGCCCUCAUUCAAUGAGACCCCCAUCAACAUUAAGGCUGAUUUAGUGCUGAUGUCGCUGCCCCAUGGUAGCUUGAAUGAAAACAUGAACAUGCCUAUUUCCCGAACCCUGCGUCAUCAACUGAUCCUGGAAAAAAUUGAUAAUUACAACAAUAACCUGCCUAUCCAAGCCAAAGCAUCGCUUGUUGAAGGGCCUCCUCAGGGUGAACAAAAGUCGCAAAAUUUUUGGAACCCAGCGACGGCACCUGCUUUUGUACCCAACAACUUCCACUAUGGUGCUCCCUUUAACCCAUACAUGGCUCCGAAUGGGGCUAUGUCGCCGCCGCCACCAUUCAUGAUGGCGGGAGGGGGUUUCAUGGAUAUGUACAACUUUAACGCCUACCCUGCUGAAAACAACGAGGAGGCCGUUGUUGAAGACAAGGAGUCCAACAAAAGUGAUCAAACUGUGACCGCACCUACUCCCCUCCAACACCCUACGCCUUCAAAGGACCACGAGAAGCAUCAACCAGGCGGUGUUGGCCUCAACCAUAUGAGACAACAGCAAUUCACACCCGUGAGCUAUAUGUUUCAUCCAUUUGGGCCAUACGGUAUGUACCCUCCGCCCCCACAACUGCACAAACUGCCUCCGCCUGUUGCUCCGGAAAAUGUUUCUAACCAUGUGAAGACAGCAAAUGUUGGGUCCCCUAACACAUCCAACAAAGCUGGAGGACAGAAUGGUAAAAAGCGUCUGGGUAAGCGGAAUCAAUCUUCCAACAAGAUGGGUCCUACUCAUAUCUAUCGACUGCCCCUCCUCGAGGAAGUCCGAGCUAAUCCCAAGAAAGACUACCAUCUUAAGGAUAUAUACGGUCAUGCUGUCGAAUUUACGAAAGACCAGCAUGGACUGAGAUUUAUCCAACAGAAGCUACCUGAAGCUAGUGAGGAAGAAAAAGAAGUCAUCUUUAAUGAGAUAAGGGAGAUUUCUUAUGAGCUCAUGACGGAUGUGUUUGGUAACUACGUUAUUCAAAAGUAUUUCGAGCAUGGUUCUAAAACUCAUCAGCAGGUUUUGUUGGAACUGAUGUUGGGACAUGUUUAUGAAUUGCUGCUUCAGAUGUAUGGGUGUCGAGUAGUUCAGCGUGCUUUAGAGGCUAUCGAACUUGAUGGACAAAUCAAAAUAAUGAAUGAGUUGCGUGAUUAUGUUCUUAUCUGUGCUAAAGAUCAAAAUGGGAAUCAUGUUAUCCAAAAGCUGAUUGAACGUAUUCCUUUUGAGCACACGAAAUUUAUUUUGGAUGCAUUGAGCAAUCAAAUCUAUCAUUUGUCAACUCACCCGUACGGAUGCCGUGUUAUCCAGCGACUUUUGGAGUAUCUGGACCCUGCUGAUCAACAAAUGAUCCUUGACGAGCUUUCGAGGUUUAUUUAUUACCUCAUUCAAGAUCAAUACGGGAACUAUGUUAUGCAACACAUAAUUGAAAGAGGCGAUCCUAAAGAUCGCGAGCUGAUUCUCGUCGUCGUUCUUGGUCUGGUUGUAGCAUUUUCAAAACACAAAUUCGCCCUGAAUGUUAUUGAAAAAUGCAUUAAAUAUGGUCUGUUUGAUCAACGCAACCGGAUUUUGAAUGAAGUGAUGUUAGGCAACGAAGAUUUCGAAAAUGAAUCUGUCGCUGAUGAUUCACCGUUGGCACUCAUGAUGAAAGAUCAGUACGCGAAUUAUGUUAUACAGAAAUUGGUGGAAGUAUUUGAUGCUAAGAGUCGUCAAAAACGAAUUCUCGUCACAAAGUUGAGGCAGUAUCUCAAGCACAUCAGUCUGAAAAAUAGCUACGGUAAGCAUUUGGCUCUGGUUGAAAAGAUGAUAAUUGUUGCGGAAACGGCUCUCAUUGAUGCUGAGAAUGGUAACUGA